UUUUUUCGCCAAAUGCUAGCCACCCUAACGAGAAUCCGAGACUGAUUAUUUUUCGCAAUAUAUGAAAACUCUGACAACAGGAACAUCACUAUAUUCGUUUUAGAUUGUCAGAGGAAUGUUAAACCAAGUGAGGUUUAAUCGGUGUGGUCAUUUACGUCCCUAGUGAUCCAUUAUUUGUGUUUUUUUUACUUGUAACGACGAGGGUGUUUUCUUCGGUCGCCGCCACACAGCUGAAUCGUAACAAACUCAGACAUUUUGAUAUUCGCCCCCAACAAUAACGCGCGGGUUUCGUUUGAAGGGAGACAUCGUUUUACAUUUAAACUGAGGAAGGGUAAAUGAGCAGAAAUGUCUGGCAUUGCUCUAAGCAGACUGUCCCAGGAGCGCAAAGCCUGGAGGAAAGACCACCCGUUUGGGUUUGUGGCUGUACCUACCAAGAAUCCUGAUGGAACCAUGAAUCUGAUGAACUGGGAGUGUGCCAUUCCUGGAAAGAAAGGAACCUUGUGGGAGGGAGGACUGUAUAAACUAAGAAUGCUCUUCAAAGAUGACUACCCCUCCUCGCCGCCCAAAUGCAAGUUUGAGCCACCAAUAUUCCAUCCAAAUGUCUACCCAUCUGGCACCGUGUGUCUGUCCAUCCUGGAGGAGGACAAAGAUUGGAGGCCUGCCAUCACCAUCAAACAGAUCCUGUUGGGAAUCCAGGAGCUGCUGAAUGAGCCCAACAUUCAAGACCCAGCACAAGCAGAGGCUUACACAAUUUACUGUCAGAACCGGAUGGACUAUGAGAAGCGGGUCAGGGCCCAGGCCAAGAAGUUUGCACCCGCGUAGAUCAGACUACACCGGCCUCCUCCCCGCCCCGGCCUACCAGGGAGACACACACAGGUGACAGACAGGACCACCCACUCCAACAAGAAUCCACGUUUCAGUAUUAUUUCAUAGGUGGCAUGUAAAAGAUAACCCCAACGCCGUCCAGCAAAGAAAAAAGGGGCGGGGGGGGCAAGCGUUAGUUAGAAAAAGAGGCAGGUAGGCCACCACUUUGCUUUAUCCAGUCAGUUUCAAUUCAUGUAAAUGGGAACGAGCAAAAAGCCAGAGAGUUUUCGCCUCUAGAUAAACGAGCGCAUGUACAUAUUAUAAAUAAAGACAAUUGUGGAAGUUAUGUUUUAUAUUGUUUUAGCCUGUUGACAUUUGUGUGUGGUAUUAUAACGCAGAACACAAAUUGCGUGCUAUUGUGAAAUAAACUUGAAUAAAAGAACAAUAGUCAAUGA